AUGGAAACUGGCACCCUUGGCAGCAUAACAGAUCUUCUCAAUCCUCUUGAUUCUGUGAACCUGGACCGUUGCAAAACCCUGAAACUAGAAGCCCACGGCCCAUCUCGAUGGGUUUGGGCCUCCACAAAUCACAUGGCUACCAUUUCCUCCUCAGUAUAUGAUCAUAUUAUCUCUUCUGAAGAUUCUGGGGCUCUUUGGAGUGGAUGGAAACAAAUUUGGAAACUCUUUGUCAUUCCAUGUGUGAAAACAUUCAUUUGGAAAAUGGCCCAUGGCAAGCUUACCACGGGCGCUUAUCUUUACACCCUGAACAUUGGACCUUAUGUAAAAUGCUAUUUCUGUGAUUUGGAAGAGGAUUCCAUUGAUCACUCUAUUUGGCGGUGCUCCAAAGUUAAACAUAUUUGGGAUUCUAUCCUUGCUAUGAUGAACAUCAAUUCUCCUGAUUUCCAAUUUCUGAGCUCGGGUAGCUGGUUAACUCUCAAGACCCACAACAGAAUGGAAAAUUUCAAAACCAAAGCCCUUAUUGCUUCUACAGCUUGGCUUAUUUGGAAGGAAAGAUGCAACUGCAUUUUUCAAAACCUCACUCCAAAACUUGGAAACAUUCUUACCAGAGCAAAUGCCUAUUGUGAGGAUUUCUUCUCUGCAUCCGGCAAAAACCAUAGGGAGCUUCUUCGACUUAAUUCUACUUCAAAUUCAAUUUUCAUAUACACAGAUGCCUCUUGGAGAAACAUUUCUCAAUGUGCUGGUCUUGGUUUUAUUAUCAUUACUAACCCGGGGAAAAUCUUAUUGGCAGGUGCUCUGGGUGCUCAUCAUGACUCUCCAAUCAAUGCAGAACUUGAUGCUAUUUGUCAUGCUUUAUCCAUCUGCAGAGAGAGAAGCUGGUUUCCAAAUCGAAUUUUCACUGAUUCCCCGGGUGCUGCGAAGUUGGCUCAAAAUCCUCACCCUUGCAUUGCUUGGCAGUCCACUGGGAUGAUUAUCAAGCUGCGAAACAUCCUCCAUGAUUUCCAAAAUAUUUGCGUAUCAACCAUUCCUAGAGAUGAAAACUUGCUUGCUAAUGAGUUGGUUGUUUUUGGGAGAAUCAAUCCACAUUUAUCUCUCUUCUUCAGGGGCAUGGAUCGCCCAAAUUGGUUGGAAGAAAUAUGCUCUUGUCUCAAUCUUAGUUUUUGA